AUUUGCGGUAACAUAAAACACUGGGAAAAAACUGGGCCUUGUAUAGAGAGACGCAGAGAGAGAGAGAGAGAGAGAGAGAGAGAGCGAGAGAUGGGGUUGCAAUGGUUGGAAGCAGCACUGCCAUUGGGGAUCAUAGCCGGAAUGCUUUGCAUAAUGGGAAAUUCUCAGUAUUACAUCCACAAAGCCGCUCACGGCCGACCGAAGCACGUCGGCAACGAUGUGUGGGACGUCGCUAUGGAGAGACGGGACAAGAAGCUCAUCGAGAAGUUUGUUUCGUCCCCAAAUUAGUCCCCACUUCUGGAAACUCUUUUUCAAUGGAUUCGUGAGGAAUAAAGUGCUUAUCUGAUGUUCCAGGAAUGCAGGAAAUAUGCUUAGGGGAACCUUCAAUCUACAUUUUCUUUUGCUUUAGUGUGUGAAUUUGCAUAAGCUUUUGAACCUUGCAAAGGGGAAAAAAAGGUCAAUCAACCAAGUUGAAUCAUUGAUGUUAACAAUCAGAAUUUGGCUUUUAAAAACUUGUUAGCUGUUGGGUCCCUGUUAUCUAAUUGCAUUGCUUGCUGUUCCUUGGAAAUCAUUAGGUAUUCGAUGAUUACACUUUUAUUUCAGUCUGCCAGACUUACAACUUAUGCGAUUUUGUC